AUGAGUAGAAUUCUUGAAAUUUUAGCUCCUGCUAUCAAUCUUAUUCCUGAAGUCGAAAAGCCUAUCAAGAAGAUCCUCCCCUUCAGAAGUAGAGCUAUGUGGACUGCUAUUGUCAUUUUGAUCUAUUUAGUUGCCAGUCAAAUCCCCUUGUUUGGUGUUGUCAGCAAUGCUGGUGCUGAUCCUUUCUACUGGUUGAGAGUUAUCUUGGCUUCUAACAGAGGUACCAUCAUGGAAUUGGGUAUUUCUCCCACAGUUACUGCUGGUAUGGUUAUGUAAUUACUUGUUGGUGCUCAAAUCCUUAACAUCGAUCAAAACGAUCCCGUCCAAAGAUCCCUUUACGAAGGUUCCCAAAAGCUUUUGGGUUUAAUUAUCGCCUUCUUUGAAGCUGUCGCUUACGUCUGGUCUGGUAUGUACGGUGACAUUGAAAAGGUUGGUUACGGUAACGCUUUAUUAAUUGUCCUCCAAUUAACUUUCGCUGGUAUUAUCGUUAUCCUUUUAGAUGACUUACUCUCCAAGGGUCACGGUUUGGGUAACUCUGCCAUCUCCGUCUUCAUCGCUAUUAACAUUUGCGAAACCAUCAUCUGGAAAUCUUUCUCCCCCAUCACCUACCCUAUCCCUGGUUUCGAAAAGGAAUAAUACGAAGGUGCUAUCUUGAAUCUUUUCCACAGCUUGUUUGCCAUUGACAACAAGUUUGUUGCUUUACAAAACGCUUUCUACAGAUCUCACCUCCCCAACUUGGCUAGUUUGAUUUCAACUGCUCUUAUUUUUAUUGUUGUCGUCUACUUCCAAGGUUUCAAGGUUGAUAUCGCCCUCAAGAACGACAGAGUCAGAGGUGCCAUCUAAUCUUAUCCCAUCAAGCUUUUCUACACCUCUAACAUGCCCAUCAUCCUCCAAAGUGCCCUUAUUUCUAACCUUUACUUCUUCUCUCAAAUUCUUUACAGAAACUUCAACGGUAACUUCAUCGUUGGUCUUUUGGGUAAAUGGAGUAUUCCUGAAGCUGGUGGUUCUCACAUGGUCCCUGUUGGUGGUCUUGUCUACUACUUAUCUCCUCCCCACGGUAUGAUUGAAGUUAUUUCUGAUCCCCUCCACACCAUCCUCUACGUUGUAUUCAUCCUCACCACUUGCGCUCUUUUCUCUAAGACUUGGAUCCAAGUUUCUGGUUCUUCAGUCAAGGAUGUUGCUAAGCAACUUAAGGAACAAGGUAUGGGUCUUGUUGGAUCUAGAGACUCUGGUCUUAAGAGCCACUUAAAGAGAUAUAUUCCUAUUGCUGCCACUUUCGGUGGUUUGUGCAUUGGUGCCCUCUCUGUUGUCGCUGAUUUCAUUGGUGUCAUCGGUUCUGGUACUGGUAUCUUAUUAGCUGUUAAUAUUGUUUAUGGUUACUUCGAACAAUUCAAGAGAGAAAAGGAACAAGGUACCUUAACUUUCUGA